UUUAGGGCCAUUAAUUCUGACCACGUGCCUGAGAGGCAAGGUGGAUGGCCCUGGGACAGAGGCUGUUCAUCACUAUGUCCCGGGGAGCAGGACGUGCUCAGGGCACGCUGCAGGCUCUCUUCUUCUUAGGCGUCCUAGUGGGCAUGGUGGUGCCCUCACCUGCUGGCGCCCGCGCCAACGGCACACUGCUGGACUCCAGAGGCUGGGGCACCCUCUUAUCCAGGUCUCGAGCUGGGCUAGCUGGAGAGAUUUCCGGCGUGAAUUGGGAGAGUGGCUACUUGGUGGGCAUCAAGAGGCAGCGGAGACUCUACUGCAACGUGGGCAUCGGCUUCCACCUCCAGGUGCCCCCCGACGGCCGGAUCAGCGGGACACAUGAGGAGAACCCCUACAGCCUGCUGGAAAUUUCUACGGUAGAGCGGGGAGUGGUAAGCCUCUUCGGUGUGAAAAGUGCCCUCUUCAUUGCUAUGAACAGGAAAGGAAGACUGUACACGACGCCCAGCUUCCAAGAGGAAUGCAAAUUCAGAGAAACCCUCCUUCCGAACAACUACAACGCCUACGAGUCAGACCUCUACAGAGGGGCCUACAUUGCCCUGAGCAAACACGGACGGGUAAAGCGGGGCAGCAAGGUGUCCCCAAUCAUGACUGUCACUCACUUCCUCCCCAGGAUAUAAGGACCCAUGGGUGAAGACUCACGCACAGGGUGACGGUGGCGGCGUCUUUUCUGUUGGGAUUUUACACAAGAGAACAAUUCUGCUGGAGUCCUGUGACUUCUGAGCCUGGCUUAUCUUGUGCCCAAAGAGAUAAGUUGGCCUUGGCUACUGGACUGCAUGGCGUGUAACCCAAGUGGCUGAGGGGUUACAGCUGACGUCUCAGAACGGAUCCUGUGCUUCCACCUCACCUGAGCAGAGACAGGGCAGAAGAUACUUGUGGCAGGCAGCCCCGCGCAUAAGAAAAAGCCAAGACGGGGUGCACACCUGUACAUACUUGUGUAGAUUCUCAGAGCAAAGGUGCUUCAGAAUAUUGAGGUUCUCUCUCCUGACAUCGUCGCUGCACGGAUCUGCCUG